AUGCGGGCGAUAGAGGAGAAGGCGGCCAGAAAAGCGCAAUGGCGAAGGCAGAGCAGCGUGAGUACUCGGGCGCGGCACGGCUAGAUCAUGGGAAGCGCACUCAACUUGCUUCGGUUGCCGCACCGCUGGUUACCUCCCAGUCCUCAUCCUUCAUCGACUCCCUCUCCCUUGAAGUCACUGCUGGUCUGGGUGGAGAUGGAUGCGUAGCGUUCUCUCGCGAGAAGUACGUCCCAUUCGGUCCGCCUUCAGGCGGAGGCGGAGGGCGCGGUGGAGAUGUGUACGUGCGAGCAGUCUCGCAUCUAAGAUCUCUUGCGCGAGUGCCCUCUCGAGCGGAAGGAGGUGCAGGCGGGCAUGGAAAAGGAGAAUGGAUCGUCGGUAGCAAAGGCAAGGACAUUACACUCAGCGUUCCGGUGGGCACUGUAGUCACUGUGGAAGGCAUCGAGGAUGACCCACUCGAGCCAAAGGACGAACUUAGGAUACUACGCUCAGAGUAUGAGCAUGGUCUCAUGCGCAAGUAUGAACGCCGGUUCCAGCGCGUGUAUCAACCCAGACGACCUCGGCCACCACAAUUUGUGCCUCGUAGCGCGCCGGAUCACAACGAAGAGUCAGGCAGCGAAGACUUUUAUGUAUAUCUUGACAAAGGGGCUUCGCCCAAACAGGAGACUGCUGAACAAAGUAGUCAGUCAGCCGGAAGAAGAAGUCUUGAGGAGGGAUUUGUGGAGGAGGAGGGCGCGUCCAAGGGUCACAAAAGGGAUACUGCGAAGCGAGAAGUUAGCCCUGAUCAGGACCUGGAAGAGAGAUCACGCGUGCUGCCCUUCCAUCAUGACGUUGGCCAUCCGUUCCAACCUUCACGAGCUGCACAAGACUCGCAAGCUGCACAUCAGGCGGGACAUGAUGCUGACGAGAUCACUCCCGAGUACUACGACGAGGCAAGUUCUGAUAUGGGACUACCGUCAAUGCCCCUGCCUGUGCCCGAAGAAGCUGAAGCUGGAGCAGCUCUGCUGUCUCCUCGCGAGCUCGAAGCUGCGCGGCAGGAGGAGGAAGAGAAGGCUUCCAUCGCUGCAGAAGAGAGGAUACGUCGUGAUGCUGCAUGGAGACAUUACCCCGGCUCGAUAAGUGGACAGAGCUCGCCAGGUACCGCAGCUGAUGUCAUCGAGGACAGCGAAUCUGACGUUGCUACUCUAAGGCAACAAUUUAAGGCUGCAGAAGAGAGGCUGGCAUUGGCGCUCUUGAAGCGCAGGUAUUCAGAUACAAAGGAAGCAGCUUCGCAAUCGCGUCACAACUCGUCGCUCGGCUCGGAGAAUGCCAAGAAGAUCAUCAGAGCUUAUGAUCUGGAUGAGCCUACUGCUGUCGAUUCUCCCGGGAUGCUGGUUGCACAAGGAGGUUUCGGCGGAUUUGGGAAUCCAUUCUUCCUGAGCACAGGAGCCAUCUCACGGUCUCCUAAAUUUGCCACCCGAGGCUCGCAUGGCGAAAGGGUCCGCCUGUCUUUGGAGCUCAAAUGUCCUGCUGAUGUCGGGCUAGUAGGGCUGCCCAACGCGGGCAAGAGCACGUUACUGAGGGCGCUUACAAGCGCAGGCAGAUCUGGGGAUGCAAAUGCCAAGGUGGGCGGAUACGAAUUCACCACUCUCAGUCUAAACGUUGGCGUUCUGCGCCUUGCCCAUGAUGGAUCACUGCUAGGAAGCGGUACGGGCAUCAUUGGCGAGUCAGAGCCCUUGGGUCUUCUCACUUCCGGUGCAGUGCUCAAGAAGCGCUUUCAGCCUCGUGCCGCAAUUGCUGCUCCAGAAGGAAUUGCUAAUACUGGUGUUCGAGAAGAAGUGGCCAGGCUCACCAUUGCAGAUCUUCCUGGUCUGAUAUCUGGUGCAUCCGACAACAAAGGGCUAGGGCACCUGUUCUUGCGCCACGCCGAACGGUGCAGGGCCUUAGUGUACGUCGUCGAUGUCUCGGAGAAGAGUCCUGCGCCAUGGGAGGAGAUCGCCACAUUGCAACACGAGUUGGAAGCCUACUCGCCAGGCUUGAGCAAUAGAUGCGCCAUCGUGGUCGCCAACAAAUGCGAUGCCCUCGGACCCGAGAGUGAGGCUCACAGCCAGGUCGCAGCUUAUGACACGAGCCCAGGAUCGCCCAACCUUCAGGCGCUCCGCUCCUCGGCGGCUGAAGCUCGCCAAAAAUUGUCAAUUCUACAACGGAAAGUUGCGCAGCUGCACGGCGGUAGAGCCUUACCAGUUGUGCCGAUCAGCGCGAAACAUCGACUUGGAGUCGAAUCUCUCGCUCAGCAAUUCAACGUGGCGGUCAAGCGUGCUGAGCAUACGGCAUGA